GUGCGGAAAAUAUGUGUUUUCAUGAAAUUUAGUACAACUGCAAACUUGUGUUGCUUAUAUAAUGUUUACUAUGCUACGCCACAGCUGUUGAAAUUUUUAUCAUAAAAUAUAAAAUAAUGUGAUCAUUGAUCUCGAUAAAUAAACGGCAGAACAGUGAUAAUAUAUAUAUAUAUAUAUAUGUACAUUAACACAGCAUACACUAAAGUUGAUAUAGCACACAAACCUAUAGUAAAAAAAAAAUAGUUUCGUAUACGUGUGCACGGCUGUGGUAAACUCUUAUCAUCAUAUUUAAAAAUUCUCAUUUUAACGAAAGUUUAUUUCAUUUAAAAUUAAACAGUUUAAAAGUUCAAAAUGGAGUAUCUUUUACCGAAUAGCUGCAAGUCUUUUGUUAGUCUCGCCGGAAAAACGGUCGUCGUAACAGGAUGCAACACGGGAAUUGGAAAAGAAAUUGUACUGGACCUGUACAAGAGAGGUGCUCGAGUUAUAAUGGCGUGCAGGAGUUCAUCUAGAACACAAGAAGCUAUGCAAAGUAUCAAGCAAAUGGUCGAAAACGACGAAAAUGUUGGAGAAUUAGUGUACAGACAUUUAGAGCUGUCGUUUUUUGCUUCCGUGAGGAAAUGCGCCACGGAAAUAUUAAAUUCCGAAGAAAACAUACACAUUCUAAUUAACAACGCAGGUAUAAUGAUGUGUCCAAAGACAAUGUCCGAGGACGGACAAGAGCUCCAUUUCGCCACCAAUCAUCUAGGUCAUUUCUUGUUCACCUUGUUGCUACUUCCUAGAGUAUUGAGGUCGAAGCCGGCAAGAAUUAUCAACGUGACUUCAUUAGCUCACACAUGGGGCGACCAACUGAUGCAUUUCGACGACAUCAACUUGGACAAAAAAUAUACUCCUACCGGUGCUUACGGCCGGUCGAAAUUGGCCAACAUUCUGUUCACUUUGGAACUGGCAACACGACUUGAAGGAACCGGCGUUAAUGUAUAUGCCGUAAAUCCAGGAGUGGUGCACACCAACUUGAGUAGGUAUGUCGAUCAGACAGUGUUCCCGGGAGCUUCUUGGCUCUACAACGGUUUUACCAAGCUGAUUGUGAAAACACCCCGACAAGGCUGUCAGACAACGUUACAUUGCGCUCUGGACAGUGGAUGUGCCAACGAAACAGGCUUAUACUACAGCGAUUGCAAGAUCGCGGACCCGUCGCCGGCGGCGAAAGACAAAGAGACUGCGGCAAAAUUAUGGGAAGUUAGUUGUAAACUCGUUAAUCUGGACGCCGAAUACGAUCCAUUUAAAGCAGAUUAAGAAUUAAAUACAUUUUAUUUAAAUACCCCCCCCUCCAAAAAAGAAAAAAUGUACACCUAUUUAUUUCAAACUUUAGCAUAUUUGUAUUAUAAAUGUUACAAUAUGAAUUAUUUGUUAAUAAUGCCUUGUUCGUAUAGCAUUUAUUAUUAUAUUAUCGCUGUACCUAUUGUG